GUCGUGUGUGUUUUAUCAGGAUACUAUGGGUGAAGCAGGUAGUUUUAAAGCUGUCGGCAGGGCCAUGCGCUUGUUUAAAAAGGUCCCGUCUUUGCCGGAAGAGGAUGAGACGGACGAAAAUGCAGAGAGUCACCAGUGCUUCACAGUCAUUCCACUCACUUCUGAUUGCUCCUCAAGACAUGCAAACGGGGAGGAGGAUGUGGAGACGCUGUGUGGGCUGGUCCGCUGCUCCGUGAAGGGGGUGCCAAAGAGCGCGCGCCCGGCCAUCCUCACCUACCAUGACAUCGGGCUGACCUACAAGUCGUGCUUCGACCCUCUGUUCAACCACGAGGACAUGCACGAGAUCAGCCGCCACUUCGCUGUGGUCCACGUGCACGCCCCCGGACAGCACGAGGGAGCCCCCACCCUGUCCACAGGGUACAGCUACCCCAGCGUGGAGCAGCUCUCUGAGACCCUGCCACAGAUCCUCAAGCACUUUGGAUUGAAGAGUGUUAUUGGACUGGGCAUGGGUGCCGGUGCUUUUAUCCUGGCUAACUUCGCUCUAAACCAUCCUGACAUGGUGGAGGGUCUGGCUCUCAUCAACAUCAACGCUGGAGCAGAGGGCCUUAUCGACUCUGUCACACAGAAGAUCAGCGGCUGGACCCACACGCUGCCCGACACCAUCAUCUCACACCUGUUUGGAAAUGAGGAGAUCCAGACCAACCACGACCUGAUUGCCACCUACCGCCACCACAUCCAGAACCAGGUGAACCAGGCCAACCUGCAGCCCUUCGUGCGGUCCUACCAGAGCCGGCUCGCUCUGGAGGUCCAGAGGCCAGAGACUGGCAGCAGCAUCAAUGUCAGGACCCUCAAGUGCCAGACCUUGCUGGUGGUGGGUGACCAAUCCCCUGCCGUGGAGGCUGUGGUGGAGUGCAACUCCAAGCUCAACCCCACCAAGACCACCCUGCUGAAGAUGGCGGACUGUGGAGGACUGCCCCAGGUGGACCAGCCUGCUUCCCUGACCGAGGCCUUCAAGUACUUCAUCCAGGGCAUGGGCUACAUGUCGGCGGCCAGCAUGACUCGCCUGGUGCGUUCCCGCACUGCCUCUGGCUCCAGCAUCUCCUCCUUCGACGGGACCCGGAGCCGCGCCCACACCAACGAGGGGCGGGGCAAGUCCGCCCUCGCCGACCCCCGGGGCAACUCUAACACCGAUGCCUCCAUGGAGAGCAUCUCCGUGACAACCUCUGACCACUCCGCGAUUAAGUCCACAGAAAUGGCCUGCUAGGAGAACCUCAGCCUCCCGAUCUUCGACCCAUUCGACCCCUCUGAACUCCGACCCCUCUCACCCGGCCGGGAAACGAUCUGUCCUCUCUGGUCCUGAGCUUGUUUUCUUUGUCUUCUACCUGCUGUCCUCUCCCCUCCGUCUCCUUCCUUCCUACCUGGUCCACCUCUCUGGUCUCCGCUACCACCUGUGUUUCUGCUGAAGAUAAUAAACUCCUGCUGUGUGUGCCAGACUCCCCUCGUGCUCCCUCCCUCCGCUCGCCUGUGGCGUUGUCCACGCCCCUCCUCCUCCUCGUCGCUCCUCUCUGCCCCGGCCAGCGUGCCGUCACCCAGCAGGGAGUCACGGAGACCGCUGGGGGCCGGGAGAGACGGCAACGCCAGACCACAAGGUUUGACACCAUAAAAUGUAAUCAUAACAUAUUCAUUUAGCAGACGCUUUUAUCUAUCCAAAGCCAUGUACAGCACAGGGGGAUUUGAACCAGAGAUCAACUCGAGCUGCAGGCGGAUGCUCUAACCACUGAGCUAUACCGAUAUGGGUUGUCCAAAACUGAAAACAUAGCGAUGGUAGUCUUGAACAACUGACGUGUUACUGACGCUUUACUGACGUGUUACUGGUGUGUUAUUGACGUGUUACUGUGGAGUGUAACAGGUUUUACCAGAGAAGGUCUCUGUGAAAACCCCCAUUUUUGUAACUUUUAUCAUUUUUAUAACUUGAACUACGUAAUCCAUACAGUAAUCUGUAGCAAUAUCCUGUGAAUGUAUAUACACACUAUAUCCCAGACAUAGCUACAGAUGUGAAAAUAUGUAUCACUACUCAAACCUUAAUAUAAUAUUAUCUAAGGUUGCACUGUACAUACAAACUGAAUAAAAUAAACUGACAAACAA